AUGGCGCGCGCAGGUGACCGUGGUGUCAGACACAAAAGAACGUUGUAUCUAGCCGGUGCCACAUUGAUGGCAGUUGCAAUUGUAGGGAUUGUUGCUGCGGUCAGAAAUGGGAGGCACAGGGACGCAGUCGAGGCCAAUGUUAAUUGUCUCGGCGCAAUGCGAGAGUGCGAGCGGUCAUUAGGCAGCGAUAAACCCAUUCAACCGAACGUCACGGAUAAGGUCAUCAGCGCCGUCAAAGAGGUGGAGACGGAGUACGAAAUGAGGCGGUGGUUCACAAACAAGGACAAUUCUUCGUACUUAGAGAGAACUGGGGGAAUGAGCGUUUCUGUAAGUGGUGUGGAGAUACCGGAGUUCGACAAUAACCCUGAGCGUGAGUGCGCUGAACUUCCACUGUGGAGAAUUAUUGAAAGAAUGGUGAAAUGGCGUAAGACAUCUACGCAAGGGGGCGCACUAGUUACGGGAUGGCAAGGAUGUGUAAUAAGCUGCAAGGACCGUGAGUGCGAAACGGUGGAUGCAAGGGCACGCACUGAAAGUGCUGAGGACGGAGUACACGAAGGUCAUAGGUUGCAAUCGUUGGCUUACAAGGUGUUAAGGAACCAGGUUAUCGCACACACAACCUAUGCUUCAGGCCAAGAUUAUUACGUGGGGGUGCAGAAUGUGUUUACCGAGACACUAUUCGUCCCAGUUACCUCGCUGCAGUACGUUACAGAAGUGCUAGCAUACUCCGACUACGCGGCGACCGCACGGGAUGUAGCGACGAGCACAUGGGGUGGUUUUGACAUAGUGCACCUUCUUGAGCCAGACAAGGACUUUACAAGAGUGAAACUAACUGUUGGUAGGUCUGCCAGCCAGAUAGAUAUGGCUUUUUACUGGAUCGAGACGGGCUACUCGGGUGAUUUUGGGCACGUCUGCGCCGACUCCAAUAAAGUUGAAUGUGUCCCUAACUGGAGCUCAAUGUAUGCGUCGUUUAGCGGCAGGGGUAGUAUAUGUCUGGAAGUGGGCGAUUGUGGCCAGUUGGGUGUUGAGAUCGGGGCAUACAUGAAUGGCUGUGGAGGGAGCACACCAACUAACGCAUAUUCACGGCUGCCAGGGGGAAUAUCCACAUGGAACAUGGAGUUGGGACGCACAACUAGAAAUGCGAACUACGGUGGUGUAAACUUGGAAGAGAAUAGUAUUGGAGAAAUAUUCUUGACAUUAACAGAAGCGAUAUGGCCACCACCCGCAAAUAGCUGGGUUUGCCCGUGA